AUGUAUUUGCAAUUAUUUCCUCGAGCUAGCUCAAUAUUUUUGUCUAAAUCUGAUCGAAUUUUAUUACUUGAGCUUGGAGAUUUAUUCAUUAAGCUAACAACAAUCUUGCAUAAUGCAGCACUUUCACAGAAGAAGUUGUCAAUAUACUUUCCGGUAAAUAAAUUAAAUACCUUCAAAGGUAAAGCCCCAGAAUUUAAAUCAAUUGGAAGAUUUGCUCCUAGCUUUUUACUUAUUUCGUUAUUAAUUAAUAGCAGCUCCAAUAAUUUUCUCAGCCUUUCAGGGAGCUCAUUUAAAAUAUAA